AUGCCUCAGUCGCAUCCUACGAUUCUCCGGCCGCCGCCGCCGAACCCGGCGUUGUCGGCGCUGGAAAACGACCUCGACGUCACGGCUCUCGGCGUUUUGGGCGAGGACAUCUUCACAAAUACCCGCCCGCCGUGGCACCCGCCAGGCGCCCGCGGUAUCUAUGGCGGCUCGGUCGUCGGCAUGUGCCUUGCCGCCGGCCAGCGGACGGUGUCGCCUGAAUUCGCGCUGCACAGCUGCCACUGCUACUUCUUGCUCGCCGGCAACGCCGACGUGCCCAUCCUGUUCCACGUCGAGCGGGUGCGCGACGGCCGCUCGUUCGUGACGCGCACCGUGCAGGCGCGCCAGCGCGGGCGCUGCAUCUUCACGGUGACCAUGUCCUUUACCGUUCUCCCCAACACAUCCACGGCCGCCACGGCGACCGCCAGCCUGACGCCACCGCCGUCCCGGGGCUUGCCCGCGCGGAUCGCCGGCGUAGGCCACCACGCGGCCGCCUUGCCGGACGUGCGCCCGCCGGUCCCGCCGCCCGGCUACGAAGAGCACGAUGCUGUCGACAGCGUGUACAUUCGCCUGGGCCGGGCCUUUGGCAGCCCGAAAUCCGCAGUGCAGCCGAUUCUGUCGGGCCCGAUGAUGAUCACGGGCUCCGACGACGCGCCGCACCUCAAGCAGACGAUGCACUGGGUGCGCGUGCGCGGCAGCAUCUCCAAAGAGGGCGGGCGCGCGGCGCACCUCAAUGCGCUGAGCUACGUGACGGACAACUACUUCAUCGGCACGAUUACGCGGAUCCACCGAAUGUGGCGGUUCCCGAUCCCGGUGGCGGGCCUGCUGGGCCACGACGGCGACAACAUGUUUGCGCCGGAGCAGGUGCAGGCGAUGCGGGACCUGGUGGCCUUUGAGACGGGCGGCGCCACGCUCGAGUCGUUCCUGGGCCAGCCCGAGGUGGGUAUGGUGGUGAGCCUGGACCACACCAUCUACUUCCACGAGCCGGAUCUGGUGCGGGCCGACGAGUGGAUGCUGGCGGUAAUGGACAGCCCCUGGGCGGGCGAGGGCCGCGGCGUGGUGACGCAGCGCAUCUUUAGCAAGGACGGCACCCUGCUGGUGACGUGCAUCCAAGAAGGAAUUAUGCGGUUAAAGGACGACGAGCAUAAGGGAACCCCCAAGGCCAGAAUAUGA